AUGAACCUCAUAGAGAAAACGAAGAAAAUAAAGCUUUCUGCAGAUAUUGCCAUGGCUUCUGCAAAAAGGACAGAAACCUUAUGGAGUAAUGCACUACUUUCCGACGCUAGGAAAAACGAAAAAGACAUGAUACUUGUGGACAAAAUGUUAGGUCCUGAAUCGCAGUUGAAGCUACUGAAGAGCACAGAUAGAAUGAUCAUGAGUUACCAUAAGAGGGUUCGAUGCAAAAAAAUCUUGAAAACAAGUCGUGAAAGUGCUGGUAAAAGAAUGAAAAAGGCUAUGAUGGGGAUUCCUCGAUCGAAUUUAGCUAUUAUUAUUGCAAAAAGAUUGGUGAAGAAAAAGACUAAAAUGCUUAAAAGACUUGUGCCAGGUGGACAGUCCAUGGAUGAAUUCUCCCUCAUACAAGAAGCAUUAGAUUACAUUCUUUCUCUUAAGGUACAGGUUGAUGUGAUGAGGAGUGUUGUUAAUGCAACUGAGGUUUUACGCCAUGAUAAAUUGCUGAAAUCAGUUGAAUAA